ACACACACACACACACACACACACACACACACACACACACACACACACACACUCGAGCAGUGGCUGAGUGAACAUGCAGCCAUUCAUCAUGGCAGCUUCCCCCAACGAGUCAACGCCGUUAGCUUGCUAUGCUAAACUUGGGUCAUGGAAAUGAGUUCUGCUGCUUGAUGACAGGGGCCAUUUACUCGGUCGGCUUGCUGCCCUCGUGGCUCAACAGGUUCUGUUGGGACACGUAGCAGUAGUGUUGGUGAGAUGUGAAGGCAUCAACAUCUCUUGAAACUUCUACCGUAACACGGGACACAAAGUAGUGGUGGUGAGAUGUGAAGGCAUCAACAUCUCUUGAAACUUCUACCGUAACACGGGACACAAAGUAGUGGUGGUGAGAUGUGAAGGCAUCAACAUCUCUUGAAACUUCUACCGUAACACGGGACACAAAGUAGUGGUGGUGAGAUGUGAAGGCAUCAACAUCUCCGGAAACUUCUACCGUAACAAGCUGAAGUACCUGGCUUUCCUACGUAAGAGGAUGAACACCAACCCCUCUCGUAGACUGUUCCACUUCAGAGCCCCCAGCAGGAUCUUCUGGAGGACUGUCAGAGGCAUGUUGCCCCACAAAACCAAGAGAGGACAGGCUGCUCUGGACAGGAUGAAGGUGUUCGACGGUAUCCCCCUACCCUAUGACAAGAGGAAGCGCACGGUUGUUCCAGCUGCUCUUAAGAUUGUGCGCCUGCAGCCCACUUGCAAGUUUGCUCUUCUUGGGCGUCUGGCUCAUGAGGUUGGCUGGAAGUACGCGGCCAUCACAGCCACCCUGGAGGACAAGAGAAAGAAGGCUAAGCUGCGCUACGGCAAGAAGAAGUCUACGAUCAAGCUGACCAAGGUGGCAGAAAAGAACGUUGAGAGCAAGAUUGCAAAAUACACGGACGUUCUGAAACAAUAUGGAGUCCUUGUCUGAUCUAGUUUUCUCCGGCCAAUAAAAUAAAUGUUUAUAGAAAGUGUAUUGACUGUUUCAUUCCACUUGGCUGAAAGUUGCGCUUAUAUUGAAAUAAAGUUAAUUCCAAUUGUAUAUUGGAUCUGGCCAUUGUUUGCAAGCUUGACUAUGUAUAGUGCGACCAUGUGCUUAAGGGACUUGGCCAGAUAAGCCAGGCGGUAAUAUGAAAUGUGUGGAAGGAGAUACUGGUGUAAAUAUGUAUUUUGGGCAUGGGAAUGAAUAUAGGCUUCAGGUUUGAAUAUGGUGAAUUCUGAAGGUUACAAGCCAUAACGAAAUCAGGCUAGACUGCUUCAUUUAAGAAAUUGGGCUUUGAAUGUCAUACACAUGCGAGUGAUCUUGG